AAAGCUAAUUGGGCCAUGAUGUGGCAGCUCAGCCCAUUAUCUCAGCUCAGCUCACCUCCUCUAAACACUUCCCCAAAACAUCGCCUUCUCCAAACCGACGUAGUCAGCGUCCGCCACUGCUAGCUUAGCUCUUCCAAUUGGCGGAAGACUGUUUUAGAUGUAAAAAGUUUCGGGAUUCAGGGAUUCCACCUCCUCAGCUCUGUUGAUUGAUCGGGAUUAGUCAAAAGAAAUUGUUUAUAGGAUUUGCAGGCGGAGCAAAAUGUCAUCUAGGUUGAUGAAAAAGGUGCUUCAUGAACAAUCAGCGCCACUUCAGGAGCUCGACAGCGAUGAUGAUUCGGAUUCGCCCGAAUCUUCUGCCCCUGCUCGAAAUCUGUUUAGCCUUCUUGAAGAUGACGAUGAUGAUAUUGGAACCAACAGCCAUGAGGCCCAUGACGACCAGCAGGAAAAAGGUAAAGAUGCUGAUGAGACUUCGGAUUGUGAUAUUGCUGGCGACCAUCCCUCAUCAGAAAGGACUGCCUUUAACACAGUUCUUACUCGAAAUGUCAAAUCAAAGAAAAAGAAAAAGAAGAAGAAGAACUCAAACAGGGAAUAUUCAUCUCUAGUUAAUGAUUCUGGAUCUUCUGAUCUCAAGUUAGACAACUUAAGUUUGAUAGCUAGCUCUUCCGGUCAUCAAGAGACUUCUUCUCCUGCUAAGAAGAAGUUGCUAAAUGGAGAUGGUGAUGCCAAGUUGCCGCGGAAACUGUCCAAGACUUCUGUACUAGAAGUUGAUCCUAAAUUUCUCAGUGCAGAAAAUGAACUGCGAAGGAUAUUUGGCUCUAGAGUGGUGAAGUCGCAAGAAAGAAAUCCAUCACCCGCAAAUCCUAGGCUGAUGCGUGGUGUUCGACGAGGGAAUCAUAAUCUCAAAAAGACUAUCAUAAUAUCUCCAUCUCAACAUUGGCCACGCUGGGAUGGGUCUCUAUCAAUGGAACUGCUCAAAACUCUUGAGGGUGUUCACUAUUUCCGAUACACACAUUCACCAUCAUAUGCCCAAGCUCAGAGAGCUUUUGAAUCUGCCAAGGAGAAUCAUGAUCUUAAUGGUAUAGCAAGCAUUCUGUUGAAUCAUCCUUAUCAUAUAGACUCACUAACAGCAUUAGCGGACUAUUUCAAAUUCACGGGUGAACACCAGAUGUCAGCUGAUGCUACUGCAAAGUCUCUGUAUGCUAUGGAAUGUGCAUGGCAUCCACUAUUCACUCCAUCAAAAAACUGCCAAUUAAAGUACGUUCAUGAUACGAACAAGCCACUCUUCUCAGCACUUUUUACUCAUAUGAAAAACAUGGACAGGCGUGGUUGCCACAGAUCAGCCCUUGAAAUAUGUAAGCUCUUGCUUUCUCUAGAUCCGAAUGAUCCGGUGGGUGCUAUGUUCUGCAUUGACUACUAUGCUUUGAGAGCAGAGGAGCAUGAUUGGUUGGAACAGUUUGCAGAAGAAUAUAAAUCUGACAAUUCCCUGUGGCUAUUUCCUAAUUUUUCUUAUUCCCUUGCGAUUUGCCGGUUUUACCUUGAGCGCAAGGAAGUUUUGGAUGGUGGGGAAACCGAUGUUGGAAAAGCUACUUCAUUUGAACUGAUGAAGCAGGCUUUGAUGCUCCAUCCAUCAGUGUUGAAGAAAUUGGUGGUGAAGGUACCUCUAAAUGAUCGGAAGUGGACCAGCGUAGUGAAGCAUAGUUUCUUUAGAUCUGAAGAAACUGGAAGCCCAUCUCUGGAUCACUUGAUCGCCAUAUAUAUUGAGAAGAGUUACAUAAUAUGGAGACUCCCUGAUCUGCAGAAACUUUUAUAUGACUCGGCAAUAUCAUUGAUUGAGAUGCUGGAAAAGAAAGAAAGUGAUGUCAAUGAUUGGGCUUGCGUGAGGAAAGAGGCUUUUUCAUUGGAGAAGAAUGAGUAUUCUCAUUUGUUGGUUUCGGAAUUCUCUGAUUCCGUGCCAACAAUGCCACCUGAAAACUUGCAGGACUUUAUAGUCGAUCAAAGGGGUGGGAUCGAGCUCCCUCAACAGAUUCCUGAAAACCAUGCGCUUCGUGAUGUUGCUAACAGAAGUCCACUUGCUGUACUAUUCGAGUCGAUCCUACCAUGGAUACAUUACGGACCUGGAGACGGGGAGGAUGAGCAUCAUCUACCUGAGCCAGCCGACGAGGAUUAGGCUGAGUUUAGAUUUGAUUUCUGCAAUAUGAAAGUAGGAAUAAGGAAGGUAAAUUUUUUGCAUUCGAAACCGAUGUUUGUAUGAAGCUGGUUGGCAGGUUUUUUGGUCACUCUCUCAUUUUGAAGGAGUUUAUUUUCUCUUCUUCGUGACACAGAUUUAAGUUCAAAACUUGUUCAGAUUUUAAUAGCCCUUAAGAUUUAAAUUA